AUGGAUGAGACCACUUCUGCAAGCCCAGAUAUUCCGUUCAUUGUCAAACGGCCCGCGCUGACCAAUGUCAAAGACCUUAUGAUGAAGCUUCCCGACGAUGCCACUGUGAAGGACGUAAAGGCUAAACUAUCGAAGGUCUAUGAUGAUCAUCCUCCUCCCGCAGCCAUUACGGUCAUCUUUGCCGGGAAGGUCCUGAAAGAUGACAGCAUGCUCCUGAAGGAAAUCUUGGCGUCGGUGGCAGGGGACAUUAUGCCAGCACUGCACGUCGUGGUGCGCCCAUGGGGCUCCGCCCCCGAUGCCACCGCAAUUGAUGCUGUAGCCAGUGCAACCACCGCGCAGCCCUACGCAUACCCACCGGCCCCGCGGCCGCAGCCGCAGCCGCAGCGGCAGGCGACGGCGCUUCAGCAGGCUCGGCCAGUGGUCGCGGCAACCAACCCCGCCGCAAAUUCCCCCGGCUUCCAAGGGGCGGCCCGCGGUGCUCCGGCACCCACCGCACCCGCGGCGGCGGCGGCCCCCGGGAGCGCGGGUCGGCCAGCUGGCGCGGUUGCCGCCGCCAGUGCCGCCGAGCGCCGGUCUGCAGCUUCUGCCGCUGCCGCGUCCUCGGCGGCCGACAAGGGAAAGGCGCCCGCGGCGUCGUCGGCCGCCGUGCCGAGGCAGCCGCUGCCUCAGCCGCUGUCGCCGUCUGUGUCCCCAACUCUCCCCAACGGGCAGAGGUCGUCUAGCAGCCUGCCGCAGCCGGAGCUGCCGCCGCAGCUGGUGAACAACCCAGCCAUGGCCGCAGCAUUCAGCGCCGCGUUCGCUGCGCUGACAUCACCCACCGCCAUCCACAACCUGGGCGUCCCUCAGCGCGGAUUCCUGCAGCCGCAGAUCCCUCAACAGGGGCAGGGAACGUCUCAGCAGGCGUUGCUGGACGCGCUGCUGUCUGGGCAGCCCCUGGGGCAGCAGCACCCCUUCCCCCACCUGCAGCCCAUUUUCCCCCAGCCCAUCUCCUACAUGCCCGUCCUUGGCCUGGUUCAGCCGCCCCCGAGCGAGAACGGGCAGCAGCAGCAGCCGCACUAUGCGCCUGUUCUGGCGCCAGUGGUGCCCAUGAUGAUGCCUUAUGGCAUGAUGCCCUACUCCACCGGACCCGUGCAUUUUGCCCCGCAGCCGCCGCCGCAGCCGCUGUCCACGGGGCAGCCGCAGCCGCAGCCGCCGCCACCGCCGGGGCCCCCUGUGCAGAACCUGUUCCAAGGCGUGCCGGGGGUGAAUAUGUGGCAGCAGGAGGGCGCGGCGCUGGGGAAUGCGGUGGCGCAGGGGGCGCGGGGGGCGCGGGGUGAGAGGAGGGAACGCCGUCCGCGGCAGAUUCGCGUGCGCAUGGUGCAGAUAAACCUGCGCGCCAUCCUGCAGCUCGCAGUCAUGGGCAUCAUCCUCUACCAGCACUGCCCGCCGGGCCGCUUCCUGCUGUUUGCCACUGUGGGCCUCGCACUGUAUGUUAUGGGGCCGGCUCCGCUCCGACGCGCGUGGCAGCGGCUGCUCGCCAUGCUCCCGCCCAUGCAUGGUCCGGGGCAGCAGGUGGCCGGCGCGGGAGGCGCGGCGCCGGGGCCGGCCAAUGGCGGCGCGCAUGCGGCGGGUGCCGGCGCCGGCGCCGGCGCGCGGCCGGCGGCGCCGGCGGCCGGGGCCGGGGCCGGGCCGACGGGACGAGCGCGGCCGCGCGGAUUUGUGCAGGAGAUGCAGGCGCUUGUUGUGGGCUUCUUCACUUCCCUGUUGCCAGGUUUCAAUAUCAAUCCAGAGGAUGCUGCUGCAUUUGCAGCUGCGCAGCAGGUGGCAAACGGGAACGAGGCUAUGGCUGCAGCAAGGGAGCACAGAGACUGA